GACACCAGUUGAUUCUUGAUUAUAAACAGUAAAGCACGUAAAGUUUUGGUCAUUAUUUUUUGAGAGUUCGAAUCGAAUAGUUCACUUGCUGUUUGAACAUGCACGUGUCAAUGACCGUUAACUACAUUUUGUUCGGUGUAAUUUUCACAACUUUAUUCCUCACACAUGUAUUCAUUCGUUAGAUCCAGAUCAUGUGAAAAAGUAGGAUAGUACUUUGUAGUUUGCGCCGUUAUGGUGUUAUGUAACAACCCACCUGCGUUUUAACAAAGAUAAUUAAUUCGCCAAUCUUAAGAACUGCGGAAUUGCGAACGUUAUCAACUAAUGAUAACGAAGAUUUUUGCGGAUUUCCCUCAGUUCUGCAGACCGUCUUUUCACGUUUUCACUUCCUGUCGUUCAUUUGCUGAGCUCCCUGUAAUCGGUAAGAUUGACCAAAAUUUGCGGCCAUGCUGUAAUUGAUAAGGCUUUAUAAAUCGACAUUUGACACCAAGACUCGACUUUGGCCCAUAUUCGGACUUCAUCUCGUGCAGGAUCAAUUGUGUGAUGUGUGAAAAUGGUCUCAUAUUGGGAUUCACUCUUGCAGCGGAAGACAUAUACAAAUGCAGGGAAAGAGGAUUCAAAACUCAAAAGGGUUUUGACCACUUAUGACCUGACAGCUUUGGGUAUUGGAAGUGCGCUUGGAAUUGGGAUCUAUGUUCUACCAGGUGCUGUUGCCAAAAAUGUUGCCGGUCCCAGUGUUGUUCUCUCGUUUGUUCUGGCUGCCUUUGCAUGUGUCCUUUCCGGAAUCUGUUAUGCUGAGCUCAGCUCAAGAGCUCCAAAGGCUGGAUCUGCGUAUCUCUAUGCCUAUAUAACCGUCGGAGAACUCAUGGCUUUUAUCAUUGGAUGGGUUGUCAUCAUGGAAUAUAUUCUCGGUGCAUCCAGUGUCGCUCGAGGUCUGAGUGUUUACCUAGACUCUUUGUUUAAUGGAACAAUGGAGGCAACUUUUCGUGAGGUCUACCAAAUUGAUAAUAUGCCCUUCUUGUCUCCAUACUUUGACUUUUUCACAUGUGCCAUUUGCAUUUUUCUAGGAAUUGCUCUAAGCAUUGGUCUUAAAGAGUCAGCCCAAAUGAACAAUGUGCUGGUGGUGAUCAAUGUUUCUGUCAUGCUGAUCGUCAUAGGAGUUGGAUGUUUUGAAGCUAACUUUCACAACUGGGCAUUGAAGCCUCCAGAAGUGCCCCCUGGUUUUGGCGUUGGUGGUUUCUUUCCGUACGGUGUCACAGGUGCAAUAGCAGGAGCAGCAACAUGUUUCUAUGGAUUUGUUGGUUUCGAUUGUAUUACCACCACAGGUGAGGAGGUAGAGAACCCACAAAAAGCUCUACCCUUGUCAAUAAUUCUCUCGUUGACUAUCAUUUGUAUUUUGUAUUGUGGAGUUGCUACUGUUUUGACCCUAAUGUGGCCUUACUAUUUACAGGAUGUCAAUGCUCCAUUACCAUAUGUCUUCAGUCAACUUGGGUGGCCAUGGGUUCAAUGGAUUGUCACUGUUGGAGGCAUAGUUGGAACCUUUGCCAGUUUGAUUGGGGCACUCCUGCCAAUUCCUCGGGUUGUUUAUUCAAUGGCAAAUGAUGGGUUGAUGUAUAAGUUCCUGGCAUCUGUUCAUCCAGCUUUUGGAACACCCUUCACCGCAACACUGGUCACAUCCAUUAUUGCUGGAGUGUUGGGAGGUAUCUUUAAUCUCAAGCAGCUGGUUGAUUUGAUGUCCAUUGGAACUUUGCUGGCAUUUACACUUGUCGCUGUUUGUGUUCUAAUUUUGAGGUAUCGAGAUGAACCGGAUGAAAAUUCAGUUUUAAUUCAUCCAGAGUAUGUAGAGUCCACUAGAUUGACCACUCUUGGUGAAAAAAUUACUUUCCAAAAGGUUUUUUUGCAGCUCAUAAAUUGGAACAACAAUAUGCGGCCCACCUACCUGUCCAGUGCAAUUGUUACCGUUGAAACUAUUAUUUUUGUUAUUCUCUCCAUGUUACUAAUUUCGCUGACCAAUUACAACACAUCUCUGGAUUCAUCAACUUUUGUAGUAUACAUGACAAUCACAAUGGCAGCAAUGGCUCUCCUGCUGCUCUCAAUAAGUCUUCAACCUAAAUCCCUGGUUGAGCUUCAGUUUAAGGUCCCAUUUGUGCCGAUUUUACCAGCGAUUAGCGUUAUGUUCAACCUGUAUCUGAUGUUGCUCUUGGACGUGGACACGUGGAUCAGGUUCCUCUCUUGGCUUUUUGUCGGUUUCAUAAUCUACUUCUCCUACGGUAUAACUCACAGUUCACUAAGAUUGGCUGCAAUCCAGGCUGAGAGACGGAGGAGCAGUGGAUAUAACACUCUAAACCAUGAUGAUUCCCCCAGUGACCUCAUCCUGUAAUUAAAUGCCUCCAAUUUUAAUGCUUCGUAACCUUGCUUGAUCCUUUGUAGUCGGUGAUUUUUGCAGAUCUAAUGAUAUGCUCAAAGUAAAUACUAGUAUUUAGCUCAAUUCACGCCCCUGCAAAGGCCUUUAUUAUCCAAUUUUACUGGAGGGAAAUGAAUGAUGCAGGUGAGACUAAGUCCAAGUUCUUCAUAUUAUCUAGAAAAUGUUUCAAACAAAUAUACAUUGAAAUUAUUUUUUUGCUGUAUACCAGUUCCCUGAGGAGACAUGGUAGUUUUAGUAGCGCAUGAUCUGCUGCCUUGAUAACAUCAAGGUUAAUCAAGCCAACCUUACUCAAAAUUAAAUCAGCUGCAUCAUAGAUUACCUAUUUGUUUAACAGAAAAAUAUGGAACACUCCGAGUUUGAAUUUCAUCAGUGUAUUUAUCAUAAUCAGGAGGAAAUUUAUGGAUUGUUUCAAAGCCAUAUGUUGUUUCCUUUUCGGUCGGAAAAAUAUAAUUUGAGGGGGAAUUAGGUAACGUAAAAUUUAGUUAGGCUGAUUUUGCUUGAAGCAGGCCAAUUUUUUAAAUUUGUAGAUCAAUUCAACCGAGAGAUAGUAAAAAUAGUAACUUUUAAAGUGAAGUAAAAGGCCCACCACCCUGGAUUGUAUAUUUAGUUUUGUUUUUAGUCGUAUGUUUAGUAUAAAAGGCCCUUUUUAGCACUCUUGCAAUAGGCUAAAGAUGUCUGUUUGGACUGUAUAUGAAUAUUCUAAAAAAAAUUAUGUUAAAACAACCAGUAAGAGUGAAUAUCUGUGCGAAAGGUCGUUUUACAUUUUCUGAUGUUCAGGAAGCCUCUAUUUAUUUGUGAGCAGAGAUGCAUUUUAUCACGAUAGAUAUGUUUAUUGCUCAAUUUUGAAUGCUUUGGCAUACAAUCUCUUCCAGCUACCCUAUACCCACGGAUAAAGAGAGAUCUUUAGAAAAUAGGUUGUUGGACCUCAUCUUUGGAACAUAAGGGAUUCCUCCCUCUUUGAAAUCAAUUUAAGCUGAUCUUUAAUAGAAAAUGGACCCCUAGACAUGGUAAAAGAUAGAAUACCUAUUGCGCCAGAAUUUAUGUUUUCUCAUCGGAAUGUUACAGAGAAUACGACAGAUGCACUUAAACUUUUCAAAGUCAUCAACUCAUAAUUGAGGAUAUACACAGUGUUCUUUCUGAAAGUGCCCAUGUUUAUUCUAGUCAAAUCGAGCUCUAAACUACUUUCAGUAUGUUAUACAAUAAAAGAACUUUCCUGUGUGGUGACUUUUAUUUGACAAGCUUAGAGGCACCAUGUAUCAGAGGAGGAAAAAGAAUAGCUAUUAAACUGAGCUCCUGUCAUUUGCUUAACGUAUAGGGUGUUGUCAAUGGCUAAUGUAACCUCCGUUGAUUAUGGUUUUUUCGCAGGCAGGAAGUUUGAAUGUAUCGUAUAUGUUGUAGGAAAGAAAUGUUACUCUUUCUCUAUGACACAAUUUAGGGAGAUUUUAAUAUGUUCUGUGUGCUUUACGCGAAAUCGUAAUGAGGAAACAAGCCGAGAGGCUUACUUCUCACCUCGGCUUGUGGUUUACUCUUUCAAAUUUGCUCAGUGCAAUGAAAAAAAUCCUGCAGUAAAAUGUUCUGAAAUGUUUCAAAGAAUAUUAUAGACUCUCUUCAGCUGUGUCUUGAUUCUUUACUCGAAAGUCAGGUAUUGAUGAGAGGUGGGUGAUUCGAUUUUCUAACAUGACGUUUUUGCCUGUUUCUAGAUCAUUUUAUCUUUCAACUAGUUUGCUCUGAUAAUUUUACUCCUCAGACUAAAAUAUGACAGAAUCUCACCUCUUUCUCUUCCCAAUUCUUGCAAUAUCUUCUAGUUUUCUUUAAUAAAGCCUUCAUCUGCAUUUUGUAAACAUUGCCAAGGUAAUGUUCUUGUUGAGUUCUAUGUGAAAUGUGAUAUUUUGUCGCUUAAAACAUGGUUGUGCUAGUAUUUAGUUCUUGUUUUUUCUUUGUUUUGUUAACAACUUCGCAUAUCUGUUUUGUUUUUGUCUUUAAGUACAAGUACUUGUAAGUUUUUAGUAUUAGUAUUUAGCUGUCAUAGAACUACUGUAAGUCUUCAUGUGCCAUUUUUAAAUUUUUAGCCAACCAUCUGCCGUCAGCUAUCAUUUUUUACCAAAAUGCAAGAUUUAGAAAAUUUGAACGGUUAAAAAAGGUUGCUUCUUUGAUUUUCUUUUAUAGUAAGUGCUUACUACAGGGACCAAUUUUGCAUCUUUUAGUUACGUAAUAUAUGGCGGAAGUCAAGUAAAUAAUCAACUUUUAGUAUCAAACUCGGUACAAGUAUUUAACUGAAUAGGUAUGUAAAAUUUUCUGUUUUUUGUUAUCAAUGGAAGAGGUGCAUGUCCGAAUUCAAGUGAAUUUUCACUUGAAUUUUUAGUAAUUAAAAUUCUUUGUUUUCUUAUUUACAUAAAAAGUAUUAUGUCUGAAAAAAUGGAGUUUGUAGGCUCGACAUUGAUUCCUUGCUUUGAGCAAGUGAACUUUUAUUUCAUAUUGUGUCUACAGCAGUAAUGUGAGCUUCAUGUCAUGCUGAUUAAAUUGUUCUAUUUCACGAGUUCAUUUGUGCUUCCCUCAUAUUGAUAACUCAAUAAAAACCAUUUUCACUGGCAUAAA